GAUAACUCUGCGAUUGAUGUUUUAGCGGUGUGAUUUCAAACCAUCUGCUAUAAAAUAUAGAAGCGUGAACGUCAAAUCAACAUAAGGAAAGCCUCUGUGCUGAAACAUGAAGAAAAAAAUCCCUGCAUUAAGGAGCAUGAGCAGUCUUACAAAUGUUUAGAUGAAAACAAUUAUAACAGGGACGUUUGUGCAGGCUAUUUUGAGAACUACAAAAAAUGCAAAGAAUUUUGGAGUAAUUUGAGAGUGGAGCGGAGGAGACAAGGCAUUGAACCAAACUUACCACCCCCAGAGGAACGGGAAAGGAUCAAAAAGGAGUACCUGCAGCAAGUAAAAGCCAAACGACAAGCUGAAUCACAAAGAUAAUAACAAGAAAGUAUGAAAACUGCUUUUCUCCUUACAAGCUAUCUGCACACAAUACCUAAAAGUUUAAAUUUGAUAAUGUAUAUAUUCAUCAUAUAAUGGAGUCAUGUGACGCUUCUACAUAAAUUUUUAUGAGUAUGAAAUUAAAAUUGUAGAUAUGCAAAUAAUAACUUUAUAGUGUAAUUAAUGUUGCUUUUCUGUUUCCUCUAUUGGCAGUGAACUUUUCUUUAAGAUCUUUUUUUCUACUUUAUUUCUCAUUUAAUUUACCAUUUUGGGGGGUUGCUCUGCUAGUGAGUGGAUUGGCUUGUAAACAUUUCUGUCUUGCCCUCUUCAUCUUCUACUCUCCUGCAUCUCUCUUGAAAAUUAGACAUUGUAAACAUACUGAAAAGGAUACAUAAGUGGAAAUUAUUUUUAGAAAUCAAGAAAAGGAUUUCAUAAAGGGACAUCUUGAUUAUGAGUUUAGUCCCAAAAAAUAUAGAUUAGAAGAUCAUUGCAGCACUGUGACAGUAGCAUCAACAGUAAUAAUUAUAAUGUUAUAUUUAUUAACAGAAGAUGGAAUUCCAGAUGUGAUAUUUGAUUACUUUCUAAGGAUAUUUCAAAGUUCAUCUAUUUAUAAUUAAACAUUGACAUGGGAAUGUUGAGAGAGAAAAAUUUUCUCAAGGAACACAAAGUAAGAGAUAUUAGUAAAAAUAGAGUACAGUAAAAUAUAAACAGGAUAACUUUUUUCAUGGUCCCCUCGGCAUAAAUAACAGAUAGAAUUUAUAUCUACAAAACCAGGGAGGGAGCCGAAAGGACAAUGAAAUUAGAAAAAAAUAUAAACAAGAUCUUUAGAUGAAGGAAUGAAGAAGAAUGUUUAUAAUGUUUAUUUAAUGUAUAAAACUUUAUAAAUGGUAGUUGGUGGUGGCUUAGAAUAGUGAAGCAUCUCCAGGACGGCUUUUGAACACAAUGGGAGUAAUACGGAUUGCCUUGCUGUCAGCACUGUUUGCACUGUUAGCCAUUAUUAUUGUGAAGUUAUACCCUUACUACCCAAGUGGACGAGUUGGAGUCGUUUUCUAUUCUUGUACAAAAGACAGCCAUAGCAGAGAAGAAUUUAAGGCAACAAUCGAGGGUGUUGCACCCCUUGAGAUCAGCCCAUCUACCCCUGUGACAGUCAUUGUGCACGGCUAUACUGAGUCUUCGUUCAGGUCGUGGAUUAUUGACCUCACUAAUGCUCUGUUAAUUUUCGAGCCAAGAAGUUUUAUCAUUCUGGUAGACUACUGGGACUUGACAACUUUAUCCCGUCCAUACAUGGCAGAGAAUGUGAGACAUAUCGCAAAUCAGACUGCGGCACUCCUGGACCUGCUUAAUGAAGAAAAGGGAAUCAGUUUGUCAGAAGUGCACCUGAUUGGCUUCAGCCUUGGAGGAAGAAUUUCUGGUAUUAUUGGAGACUUAGUCAAAGCUGGAAAAAUUGGCAGGAUAACAGGAUUAGAUGCUUCAUACCCUUGGGCCCAAUCACCAAGCAGUUCAGAGUUCCUUGAUGCUAGCGAUGCCAAACUAGUCAUUAAUAUGAGAACGUCACCUGUGGGAUCUCGAUCUCCGCCAGGUCAUAUUGACUUCUUUGCUAAUGACGGACUCCUGCAACCAGGUUGUGACAAGUGGUACUUUCCCAAUGCAAUAAAGAAUACUUGCAGUCACUAUCGGUCUGUUUUCAUGCUGGUUGAAGCUGUUCAGAAUGCACACAAGAGACUUUUUCCAUCCUGCUCAUGUGAAAGCUGGGAAAAAUUCCAAGCCAACUUAUGUGACUGCCAAGUCACUAACCACUUUGGACUUUUUCCUGAUGAAAACACACAUGGUACCUUCUACUUAACAACAAAUGCAGAGCCUCCAUAUUCAAGACCUCUUAAAUAGAGAUGCAUAUAAGGACAGUUCUUGGUUAGAUCACUCUCUAUAAAGUGGAGUUUUCUUAAGAAUUGCUCUACAUUUGAAAUAAAUGGUGUUAUGUGAAAAUGGAGCAUAGACAGUAUAUAGACAGUAUUAUUUUCUUCUCUGUUUUUGUUUUUGUACUUGUUAAUUAUAUAAAUUUCACCCCUAAGGAAAAUGAGAAAGUAUGAAGUGACUUAUU